GAGGGCCAAAUAAGUUGUGGUCGAAAUUGGGCUUUAUGUUACAAGCAAAUACGGUUGAACGAAGGUGCGUCAACGAACUGCUUAACUUUAUACACAACCAUAACAAUCGACCAGUGGAAGUGUCUACGGCGCCAUUUGCAUCGCGAAUUCGUCCGGUUUAAUUUUAAUGCGGUAUCCGGUUUUGUUUUUCAUGUAAAAUGGAGGUUAAAAACGAAUCGAGUCAAUUUGACAUCAGCAAAAUAUGUCGGGCUUGUCUCACCGAGAAGGAAGUGAUGCAAUCCGUCUUUAUCCCUGAUGAAUCAAUUGGGCAAACGUUACAUUUAGCUGAAAUGAUUAUGAAUUUCACCAAUGUACAGAUUCAAACAGGAGAUGGUCUUCCUUCUUUAAUAUGUUUAGAUUGCGUUCAUCAAGUAACAAGAGCAUUUUCAUUUAAACAAUUAUGUGAGCAAUCGGAUACAAAUCUCCGACAAUUCUUAGGAAGACCACCAGCUGUAAAAGAACAACUAAAACAAGAAGAAAUCGAAGCCUCUGAUUAUUCCGUAUUUGUAGAGAGUUUUACAAUGGAUGAUUCAUCAGAUAACAGCGAUGAUGACGACGAUGGUUUUACAAAAACGUUUAUUUUACCCGAAAAUCCUUUAAGUCCAGCGAAUGAAAAGCUUAUCGCUCAAAGACAAUUAAAGAAAACCACCAAAUUAAUUAACAGUAAAUUAAGAAAAAAAGUUUUAACGAAAUCGGAAAAGGUUAUGUUGAAUAAAAAGAAAAAAUUAGCGAAUCAAUGUGAUGUUUGUAAAAGACAAUUUGUUAAUUUGCAUUCGUUUAAGAAGCACUUAAAAACUCACAUUGAAGAUCGCCCUUUUAAAUGUAAAGUUUGUCCUAGAUCUUUUACAGAAGAAAACUACCUCAAUAAUCAUAUGAUAACUCAUAUUCCUGAUGAGCAAAAACCCCACGAAUGCGACGUAUGCAAAAAACGAUUUAUCCAUCAAACUUUAUUAAAUAAACACAUGUUAAAACAUAGCGGAGAAAAGCCGUUCGUUUGUAAAAUAUGCAAUAAAGGUUGUUACGCCGAAAACAGUUUGUUAAAACAUAUGAAAAUUCACGAGAAAAAAGAAGGCGAUCCCGGUUUACUAAAACACAUUUGUGAUUAUUGUAAAAGUGAAUUUCCGGAUGCCGUUACGUUAGAUGUUCACAUUAAACAACACACCGGAGAUAGACCAUUUCUGUGUAAUGUUUGUGGGAAAUCGUUUCCACAAAGAUUCAAUUUAGAGUUACAUUUAAGAACGCACACCGGAGAAAGACCAUUUACUUGCGAAAUAUGCCAAAAUAAAUACGUUUCAAAGGCAAGUUUAAAAAUUCACAUGAGAACGCAUACAAAUGAGAGACCAUUUGCUUGCGAAUUUUGUGGGAAAGCUUUUCGGCAAUCCGGUGACUUAACAAGUCAUAAAAGAUUACACGGAACUGAAAAACCCAUUGAGUGUAAUAUUUGUGAAAAAAGAUUUACAACAGUAAUGAAACUAAAAUAUCACAUGAGAAAUCACACAGGAGAACGUCCCUACGUUUGUAAUGUUUGUGGAAGAGGUUUCACAGUGAACACAAUAUUAUUAAGACACAUGAGAGUACAUUCUGGAGAAAGACCAUAUGUUUGCGUUAUUUGUGGAAAAGCCUUUUCGCAAUCAAGUACUUUAAGUACUCAUAUGAAGGUUCAUGCACCAUCCCCAAAAUAUAACAACCAAGACCAACCAAGACCAAUAGAAACAAAAUACAUUGUAGAACAUCAACCCAAAUAUACCCAACCAAAUCAAGAUCAAGGAAAUCCCCAAGGAAGUCGCUUACAACAACAACUCCAACAACAGCAACAACCAGUUCAACAAGAUACAAGGAUGAUCCCUCAACAAGAACCUCAAAGAAUGAUUCCUCAACAAGAUCCACAAAGAAUGAUACCUCAAGAUGCAACGAGAAUGCUUUCGAGCGAUGGGUCAAGGAUAUUAACAGAUAACUCGCAUAUGCUCAAUGAUAAUAGACUACUUGAAAACAGAUUGAUGGUAAACGUUGGGGAACCCCCGAGGAUGUUAGUUAAUGAUAAUUCGCAAAGAUUGAUGAAUGAUAAUCGUUUGAUUGGGAAUGAUGGGAGAAUUAUGGCUACCUUAAAUACUGAUAAUCGGAUAUUAACUAAUGAUGGGAGGUUAAUAACGGAUGCAAGGUUGCUAACAGAUAAAUAUAUUGCGAAUUAUGAUCCGUAUCAUCGCGGACAUUUAGGAUGAAAAAUUUAAUAAAGUAUUAUUUACCAGCAAUUUAAUAACAAAUUGGAGGUAAUAAACAUAUCGUUCAUUUAUUACUGACUAAAUACUUCACAAAAAUAAUAAGAUAGACUGAUAGUGUUUAUACUUAAAUAAUUCUAAAAUAAAACCAAUUUUUUCUAGAA